CCAAAACUCCCCGCCGGGGGACCUACAACAUACCCUUCCUCAACCGGUUUUCCGGAAUUCCUCACUUCCCAGGCUGUCUGCUGUCCACAAACCCUCGCCCCACCGGUUAAGGGGAGUCUGGCGCUUCCCGCGCAACCCGUUUGAUCAGCUGGAACCGGUUCAUUGGGCCGCAGAAGGGACAAUGUUGGAGGAGGUAAGCGGACAGCCGGACGGGAUGCAGCCGGAUGGGGCGCCCACCAUGACACAACAACUGCCUCAAGUGUUUAGGUGCUUUGUGCAGACACCUACGUACCCUCUCUCCUCUCCACCUUCUAGUCCACUCAGCCCCAUCACGUCCAUAGUGCCUAUAGUCUACUCUCCAAAUGAUACGGUCUUGCCCGCCGGCGGAGACGACACCAGCAAGCCCACUACUUCAGAUGCCAUGAGUCCGAGUUCUCCAAUAUAUUGUAAUACAUACAUUGGGUACACAUCUCCUUACCAAUGUGUCAUGUAUACCAUGUGCCCUGUGGUGCCCAUCCCCUUGUCAAGUCCCUCAGACGGGGAGAACUACAACAGUAGCGAGUCGUCCAACGGCUUCCAGAAAGAGGCUGAUGAAUCCAUGGCAUGUGAGUAUGAGUACCCAGAGCCGGUGCUGUGCCCCAUGCCCAAUUAUGCCGCGCCAUCGUGCCUCCUCGUGUCACGGGAAGAGGAGAGCUUUGAGAAAUCUGUGAACGAAAGCGCCUCUCCACCAUCCAUUGUCACAAACUUGUUCCCCAAAGUUAGUGAUGAUGGGUUAUUGGUCACGUCUGGGGACGAGUGCAGUCAUGAAACCAAGCCAGAAACAGACAGUCGUGAUAUCGGGGUGUUUGGCGUGGACGGCUGUUGGUAUCCCGUUGUUAACCUCUCCGCCAACGACUCCGGCGUGGACGUGACCACACCCGAGUCCUUCCACCAGUCUGAGCCGCCGUUGAGAAAGCAGCCUCAGGAGUGCCAGCAGUAUAACAUUUGGAAAAGGCCGGCGUCAUUCAACCCCUCUCUCUUGUCUCGGAGAACACCAGCCUCGGUCACCGACACGAGAUCCUUUUCCAGACUACAAAAGCCAAGGCCUCAGCCUUCCAAGAGUACCCCUCUUCCCUUCUAUAACCUCUAUCAUCACCUCGACCUUCCCACCAACAUCUUGGGUCGUCCUCGACUCCUACACACUCUCCGUAAAGAUGGCCAACUGUGUGUUGAGGAGCUGUGGCAGAAGCACAUGUUGGUGUUGUUCCGUAACUUCCGCGACGACUGGGUGUUGAGCAGCGCCCACCCCGCCAAGAAGUUUGGACCCAGUUGGCACAUGUUUAAGGAUCUGGCUAAAGUCCGCUUCUAUUGCAGGAAGUGUAGUGACGGCUGGACCAGCAUGUACGGCGUAGUGGUCUUCUACUACAGGUGGGAUCGCAACUGUCUCCGCGGCCAGAUCUUCUACCAGAUCCCCGGACAGAAAUGUGGCAAUUGUAAUCCCAACGACUUCGAGGUGCCGAUGUGGUACCCAGAGGAAGCCCAGAAGGUGAUCACGAACCUGUACUACAAGAUAGCGGCCCAUGUGUACAACCUGGUGACUCCCCAGUACAUCCGCACGCGACGUCUGGGCCAACCUCUUGCCCACCACAACAGGCAACUGUGUCAAGGCUGCUAUCAGGGAGUGUGCAAGAUUGAGUGCGGCAAAGAGGUCUCAUCGGCUGCAUAGAAGCUGUGGCAUUAGAGGUGUGUGUGACAAAGAAAUGCCACAUAAAAGUAAGCUGACCUUGAAAGCUUGAGGUGGCGUCAUGUUAGAAAAUAACUUGAAGGUGUGUGACUUGUGUUGCGAAUGAUGUGUAUAUUUUUUAUGGAAAACCUAUUAACAUUUUUGUCAAUAGACUUGAGAGAAAAGAUGUGAUAGAGUGUUGGGCGUGGCAAUAAUGGAUGUUCAUUUACAUGUAGCACUUAUUUAUAGAAGUGAUCAUAAUAUGCUGUAAAUACAAAACGUAUAUUUUGAGUAGAUUUUAUCCUCAACACACACACACACACACACACACACACACACACACACACACACACACACACACACACAC